CUCUGGGCUUCACGCUAUCGUCGUGCGCCGAACAGGAACCGUGCGCUUGGUGGCAUGGCGCUGUUUCACGUCGCCCGGUACUCAGGGCUCGAUGCCGGUCAGCCGGAGGCCGAAGCGGAGCCCGGAGAACACCUCAGGGCCCGUGCACUGCUCGAGAGGCUGCAGUGUCGGGCCCGCGAACGGCAGCAGCAGCGGCAGCGGCAGGAACCUGAGACUGCCGCGGAGGCUCCGGAGGCUGCGGCCCGGCGGCGGCGGCGGCCUCGGCGGAGGCGGCGGAUAAGCGGCUUGGCGCCGGGGAGCCCGGACGCGCCUCUGGUGAAGCGGCGGAAAGUGAACAGCGAGGACGCUGGCGCCGGUAGCGGCGAGACAGCACCGGGGGUGCGCUGCGAGCGCAACGAGGCCCAGACGCCCCUAGACGGGCGGUCCGUGGAGGAGACGACUGGGCCUCCGUCGGGACCAGGCCCAGUGCUGGGAGGCUUCACCAGGAGGAAGACGCCAAAGGUCCAGCCUUUUCUGCCACUCUGGCUGGCUGAGCCAAGCUGUGUCAGGAAGAAUGUCACCGAAGAUCUUACCCCACUUGAAGCCAUCCCUGAGGUGCACCCUGACCUGCAGAAACAGCUGAGGGCACAUGGCAUCACCUUCUACUUUCCAGUCCAGGCAGCUGUGAUUCCAGCCCUUCUAGAGAACACAGCCAGUGGGUUUCUGGUGGGGAGAGGGGGAUACCAGCCCAGUGACCUCUGUGUUUCUGCCCCAACCGGCAGUGGGAAAACUCUGGCCUUUGUCAUCCCAGUGGUACAGGCCCUACUGCACCGCGUGAUUUGCCACAUCCGUGCCCUGGUUGUGCUGCCUACCAAAGAAUUGGCCCAGCAGGUGAGCAAAGUGUUCAACAUUUACACAGACCCCACGCCUCUACGUGUGGCCCUGGUUACUGGACAGAAGUCGCUGGCUAAGGAGCAAGAGAGCCUUGUCCAAAAGAUAGCAGAUGGCUACCGCUGCCUGGCUGACAUUGUGGUGGCCACACCUGGCCGCCUGGUGGACCACAUUGAUCAGACUCCAGGAUUCAGCCUCCAACAGCUCCGCUUCCUGGUGAUUGAUGAGGCUGACCGAAUGAUUGACAGCAUGCAUCAAUCUUGGUUGCCACGGGUGGUGGCAGCAGCUUUCCACAGCAAGGGCCCUGCAGAUGCCUGUGCCCUACUCCAGAGAAGACAACCCCAAGCUGUGACUGCCCACAGCACCUGCUACCCUCAGAUGCCUCUGCAGAAAUUGCUGUUCUCAGCCACCCUGACACAGAAUCCUGAGAAGCUGCAGCGGCUUGGUCUCUAUCAGCCUCGGCUUUUCUCUACAGGCCUGGUACAGAGGGGCCCCCAAGAUGGGGACAUCACAGUGGAUGGAAACUUACAGGGAAAGUACACCUUCCCCAUGGGGCUCAGGCACCACUAUGUGCCUUGCAGACUCAGCUCUAAGCCACUUGCAGUCCUGCAUCUGGUUCUCAGUAUGGACAUUUCCAGGACCCUUUGCUUCACCAAUUCUCGAGAGAAUGCCCACAGGCUUUUCCUGCUAGUACAAGCUUUUGGGGGCGUAAGUGUGGCUGAGUUUUCCUCCUGCUACGGGCCUGGUCAGAGGAAGAAGAUAUUGAAGCAGUUUGAGCAGGGCAAAAUCCAGCUCCUCAUCAGUACAGAUGCCACUGCUCGAGGCAUUGACAUUCAGGGUGUGGAGCUGGUGGUCAACUAUGAUGCGCCCCAGUAUCUGAGGACCUAUGUGCACAGAGUUGGGAGAACAGCUCGAGCUGGAAAAACUGGACAGGCCUUCACCCUACUCCUGAAAGUGCAGGAGAAGAAGUUCCUCCGCAUGCUGGCAGAAGCCGGGGUGCCUGAGCUGACCUGCCAUGAGGUCCCCAAUGAGCUCUUGCAGCCUCUGGUUCCUCAGUACAAGGAGGCCCUGUCCCAACUAGAGAUGACUGUCAAGGAAGAGAAAAAGUCCAAGUUGGUCUAGUCAGGGGACUUGGGGGACCGGAGGGACCUUCCCGCUGAAGUUAGCUGCCAUCUGUACCGAGCAUUGGAUGCUGCAUGAGAAGAUGGGAUUCCUGAGGAAGCAGCCAGCGUGGAUGGCCCCUUUCCUCACACUGUCUCCUCUGUGAAGGACACAGCCUGGACCUCAGUUCAGACCUAUAAACAGAUCACUGGAAUUUGUGUGGCUUUGGGUCCCAUUGGUCUCUGGAAAUAAACUCCAGUGAGGCUGAAGGCUGGAUAGGACAGGUGAAUGGAAAUAAACUCCAGUAAGGCUGAUGGCUGGAUAGGACAGGGAUUAGAC